AGUAGUUGGAGUUUAGUUGCUGCCUAGUUGCAAAAAAUGGGAUGGUCGGAAGUCAUAGGCAACGACGUCGCCACCGCCACACCGGCAGUGCGCAACCGUGUUGAUAGACGGGAUGAAUGGGGCCAAAGAGCCACGGCCACCGGUGGCGAAUCCUCAAAGUCUGCAAUAGGGAGCCGCUUCGAGCGACUCGCCAAGAUCGGUGAAGGGGGCUUCGGUGUCGUUUACCGGGCGAGGGACCGCCGCACCGGCGAGAUCGUCGCUAUCAAGUGCCUCCGCACAAACAAGUACGCCCACGACGACAGCGGCGACCGCUACCUCUCCGCCUUUGCGGGCGAGGUCAGCGCCUUGGAGAAGUGCAGCGGCCACCCGUCCAUUGUGCAGCUGCGCGCCUCGGGCCAACACAACGGCAAGGCCUUCAUCGCCAUGGAGUUCGUCGGACAAACCCUCAGGUAUGUUAUGAAGCACGUCCGUUUCGGGAGGAGACACACCGAGAUGGAGGUCUGCCUGAUGAUGAGGCAGCUCCUCACCGGCGUGGGGAGGAUGAACCGUCUAGGUCUCAUGCACCGUGACCUUAAGCCGGGGAACGUGCUCGUCGACGACCGCAGGAACCUCAAGAUCUGUGACCUUGGGCUAUCAUGCAGCAUGACCGAUGGGCCGCCCUAUUCAAACCACAUUGGAACACGGGGUUACCGCGCACCAGAGCUCCUCCUUGGGUCCACGAAUUACGACCAGCGCAUCGACUCUUGGGCUCUUGGCGUCAUGAUGGCUGAGCUACUUGCUGGUCACCACCCUUUCUAUGGGAAGACCGACAUGGACCACCUCAGUGAGAUCUUGGACCUUCUUGGUACAGCAGACAUCAAAGAGUGGCCGGGCUAUGAUGGGCGGCAGCUGCCCGGCGGAUGGGCAUUGCAUAGCAGUUUGCGCUCCAUGUUCCCAUCUCCUGCCGAUGCUAGGAGAAGAUGCCGCCCCCAACUUUCAGAAGCUGGUUUUGAGGUCUUGAGCGGCCUUCUGCGAUGCAACCCUGAAAAGAGACUCACGGCAAGGGCCGCGCUGCGGCAUAGGUGGUUUAAAGAGACCAACUUCAGGGCUGCAAAGAGCUGAUUGGUUAACUUGCACAAUCCAUAAUGUAGCUGCCUGUGUGGAAUGAAUGUAUGCGGAGCCAGAUAGUCGUAAUUCACCUCAUAUGUAAGUUUGAAAUGUAUGGGCCUGCCCACAUAUCAGUUUCUUGGAAAAAUAAUUAGCAUGAGUGGAUUCCCAGCAA